CUGGACUUUACAUCGUCAGAUAAAACUCUGCAGACGGUCAUAGAGUUUGUUGGAAUCAACAGCUGGGAGGUCUGUUCCAGUCUGCGCAUACAUUCAACAUGGACAAGGAGCAGUGUUGUGUAAGUUUGUCAGUUAAUCCAUCCAGAGGACUGAUGGAUGAAAAGUUCAUCAUCCUGGUUCAGAAGGCCCUCCCUGGUUUCCAGCUGACCAUCCAUGCCUCCUACCAUUGUGAAGAUGGAAACAGUUGGGAAGCGUUCGCUCACUACACAGCUGAUGCUGGCGGGACUGUUAAUGUUUCACAGGAUACCAGUCUGGGUGGGACAUACUCUGGGGUUGAAGCGAUGGGUCUACUGUGGAGCCUCAGACCAGUUCCAGGCAGCAAACCAGGGCUCAGGUUGAGGAAGAAGAACGUCCAGACUCCCAUGGAGGUCACAAUUUCAGUGUACCAGGGUCACCAGACAGAGGGCUUUGUGGAUCAGGUGCCGCUGGCCAGUGUGUUGGUGGAGCGUUGGUACAUGGCACCUGGUGUCCACAGAAUCCCAAUCACAGAGGAAGGACUCACUGCGACCCUCUUCCUGCCUGCAGGAAAUGGACCGUUCCCCGGCCUCCUGGACCUGUGGGGGGGAGGAGGGCCGUUGGUGGAAUAUCGUGCAGCACUGCUGGCCUCCCAUGGCAUCGCCUCUCUGGCCCUUAACUACCUGACACCUAAAACCACCAUGGAAACUGGAAAAAUGGUGGACAACCAGUACUUUGAGAAAGCCUAUAAAUUCCUGCAGCAGCAUCCUCAGAUCUGUGACAGCAGGAUCGCCAUGUUGGGCCUUUCCCUGGGCUCUGCUUUCACCCUCAAAAUGGCUGUUUACUCCCAGGUUAUGAAGCUCAGAUGUGUGGUGUGUAUUGGUGGGAGUCAUGUGCAGCCGGUAGACGGAUCUGUUGAACAAGUACUGGGUUACAUGGAGAAAAAUUCUGAGAAAACUCGCUUCACUGAGAACAAUGAAAUGAUCUGGCGUGAUCUCCUGCUGCCCAUCCCCACUGACCCCUCAUUCAAAGUAGAUGUGGGCCGACUCAAGUGUCCUCUGAUGCUGGUUGUAAGUGAGGACGACCAGAACUGGCCUGCCCCAGAGUCUGCAAAAGAUAUGAAGGAGAUGAUGGAGCGAGCAGGGAACAGUCACCUGCUGACUGUCCUGUCGUAUCCAAACGCAGGUCACCUGAUUGAACCACCAUACACACCACACGUCCGAAUCAGCAUGUUCAGAACAGUGGGCACACUUGAGAAGAUGAUGGCUCUGUGGGGCGGACAGAUGGUGGAACAUUCUCGUGCUCAGGAAGAUGCCUGGAAGAAGAUACUGAUCUUUCUGAGGGAGAAUCUGUACGACAGCACAAAACCUGGUGCAACAACACUUUCCCACCUGUAACCAAGUCGACACGCAUGAUUGUGGAAGUAGUGUGCAUUGUUGCAGAGGCCUAUCUGCAAUAUGAUACUUAAUUAACCAGAAGAUUCUUGUGCUUCUGUUAAGUAACAAUGAGGAAAUCAUUUCAAUGGGAACACAGUGAAAAAACAAUGAAACCAGCAGAGUUCCUGCAUAUCAUUCUCUGUGGGCAGCAACAUCAUUUUACAUCAUGACUUCUCAUGCUGGUGUUCCAGUUUGACUGGUGAUCAGGUUAACUGGCGAUAGUUUCCGUCUCCAGAUGUUUCGUUCGCAGAUUCGUCACGAUCAGACCUGGAUUUACAUGAAAUAAAGAUACCAGAUAAAGAAGACGUCGCCGAAAAACGCCGGCAUCACUGCUUAAUAAAGUCUAUAUCCAUGUAAAUAUCAUCUACAGACAGUAAAAAGAAACGUGCGGGCCGAAAUAAAAAACACGUAUUUUUCAAGCAGGUGAGAAGAUUCGAAACCACGUAAUCCAGCGAUAAAAUUACGAGACCACUGUUUUACUCAUUGUGCUACCGAUCAGCUCUGCAAGCAUUCUGCUUCAUCUACAUAGAGCACUGUCAUCCUGUCAGGUGUUUAACACCUGGUGAUUGUUCAGGAAACACGUCCAUGUCACCUGGGGAUAAUCACAACUUAAUACAGGCUUCCUGGUUAAGAACGAGUCACAAAACUAUUUAUUGUCUCACCAAUAAAACCCACAACAUAGAAGCACGUCCACUGCUGUGUUGUGUGUUAGUUUGUGUGUUCAGUGGAACAGAUCCAGAGCAGAACUUCGAGCUUAACUCGGGUUUGUUCUCAGAAACACUCAGACCCUCAGCAGCCUCCCAUCAGAACAACACGCAGCACAACUUCAGCUUGAUUUGCUAAAAUACAUCGGAACAAACUGAGACCACGUUGUUUAAACUAGUCACUCAGAAAACAGUAAAAACUCGUUCAGUCAUUGAUAGUAUGUGUUUUUCUGGGAUACGUGCUUUCUAUAUAUUUUCUUUAGCUCAAGAAUGUUAAACAGAAUGAAACCAUAUGUUGAAACGUUUACUUUAGCUGUCAUUCAUCACAGGUUGACCUGUGGGUUAACCUAAAGGGACUAGGGACCUCCUGGCUCCCUCUUUCUCUCUUUCUUCUUCUCACGCAAUGUAUUCUAAUCUAUGCCAGAUGUUGAAACCUAUAAAGAUCUAGUCAUUGUAACUCUCUUCAUUCAUCCACCGCAUGAUGCUUGAAUCACGAGCUCGUCCGUAUUAAAUGUACUCUUAAUUUGA